GCUGCACUAGUGCAAUAAGUUAAGAACAGGCCAUGUGUAGCCAUAACCUGAUAUAACCUAACAUUAGUUUUUCGAAAUUUAAUGUUAGAAUACAGAAAAGAAAAGAUAAUUAAUGAUAUUGCACUGUAUUGCACUAAAAAUUGCUGUAAAUUAAAAUUCUUCUGUUUUUGCCGCUCUUGUGAUUUGGAAAAAAAAGAUAUCGCGAACAAUAUAUGAUGGAGAAUUGGAAUAUUCCUAAUAUAAACGGGGAUACUUUUAGAAACAUGUUAUUCUCAGAUCGGUCAUCUGUCGUUAAUAAGAAUUUGCAAUUUCUCUUAAUUUAUGAUGAACACAAUGCUCUUCUUGGAGGCACUAACAUGAAUGACCUGUAUUGGACUGGUACUAUCUGGCAUUAUAAUGACAUCUCAGAUUUUACUAGGAACAAGGCUGCUAUAACGCAGCAAAUGAACAAUGGCAUUUGCGAUGCUGUUUACCUAGGACAUAACAAAUUUGUUGUCGUAGAAGAUAGCGGUGCAGUGCAAAUCACUGAAAUAGUUCAAUUAACAAACGAACAGUCUGAAUUUCAAUUUCUUGAACGCGCUUGCCAGCAUGACGAUAGUAUUUUGACAGUAUCUGGAUUUUCUAAUAAAAGAAAUAUUGUCACUGGAGGAAUGGAUUGUUGUUUAAAAGUCUGGGACAUUGAAGAUUUAGUAGCAACAUAUUCAUAUAAUUUUGCACAUACAGAUAUUAUUACCAGUACGGAUGUAAAGCCUAUGUGUAGCUCCGAAUUUAUAUCCACUUCUUUAGAUGGUGAAUCAUUACUAUGGGAUAUUAGACGGGCUAAACCAGCACAUUGUAUCUUCAAGAGACACGAUUGCCACUUAUUAGCAGUAACUUGGAAUACUGUUUCGGAUCAUCUUAUAGCAGUGGGUGCAGCUGAUGGUAGCAUUGCAUUAAUUGAUGUGAGACAAACAGAGAAUCCAUUAUAUGAAUCAGUUGAAUUUAACAGAGGCAUACAUAAAUUAUUAUUUAAUCCAAAUCCGGAGAGAAAAGAACAAUUAGCAUGUUGCUCCGAUGACACAUUUGUGAAAGUAUUUGAUACCUAUAGAGAGAUGCUACCUAUAUUUGAGAAUAACAGCCAUAGUGAUUUCGUACAAGGACUCGCAUGGUACAAAGAUGACUUAUUUUCAUGUUCUUGGGACGGAAGUGUGAUUAAACAUGUAGUAUGUUCUAGUGACAAUAAUUCAAGUUAAUAAUAAUACAUCAACAUUUUUUGACACUAAUUAUUAAAAUAUUU